AUGAUUCCGAUUCUGGCCUAUCGUUACGUGAAAAAGAAGCAAGAAGCCAGUCGGUUACGUAUGGAGGGGGACACUAGCGCCCCGAGGGCCCGUGCCGUUUUCGAGAAUGUUGCCCUAAAGGUCUCAGGAGUUUGCGCGCGUGUGGCUGAAGGUGACGAAAUCUACGGGCAUUUGCAAGUUGUUGAGAGGCCCAUGGGCGUCUUCUUGGAAUGGAUUCCGAUUGAUGAUUCGCCGGAUACCAGCGGUUGGGUGCUCGCAGAUGAGAAUGACGAGAAUUCGUUGUUAGGCACAUCACCACCUUCGGGAAUCAAGACAUCGCCACGCAAUUUCGCCCGCCACCGCUUCUCCUUCGACCUGAACGACUUGAGCAGUUUCAAAUCGGUUCAGCCGGCCCGUGCUGGCGUCGGAGAUUUCUUUGGACAAUCGAGUUCAGACAACGUCUGCCCCGUCUUCACCUUCUUCAUGAAAGACGGCUCCAGUCAUACGCCGCUCUACUUCCGCCAGUCGGAUGGCAACGAAUUUCUGGCCUGUAUGCAGAAUUACCUGAAGCUGAGGCGUUCCCGCAAAGAGCCAAACCUCGUCCUCGUGAUUAAUGAAAAGGCCGAUAUCCUGGCGCAAUCAGUCCAUGCCCUCGAUAACAACGGAGACAUCUUGAGCCGCUUCAUGGGCAACCCCUACGCCACGGCAAUGACGGGUCUGGGCAAAAUCACGGCUUUCAUGCAAGAUCAAGUUAUUCCCGCCCUGCUCGAUUCUGACGAGGUCAGCAUGGAAGAACAGAUCCGAGCGAUGCGCGAACUGCACGAGAAGGGCGAGGAGAGCAAUCCGCUACGCGUCUACCGUGACGGCGAACAAAGCGACUUCGAGAUGGUCACCCAGCUCGAACUGCCGCCUCGGCCCGAAAUUUUCCGGGAAGCUCCGAUCUCAAAGAAAGUCUGGGAUUCGUUCAAAAACAACCACGGUUCCUUCGACCAGCGUGCCCUGCAUCUCGUCAAGAUGAGCGUGUUCAGGGGUGGCCUAGAACCGGAAGUGAGGAAAGAAGCGUGGAAAUAUCUGCUCGGUUACAUCAGCUGGAAUGAGUCCCACGAUGAGCACCUGCAGAAGCGCGCCCAGUACGAAAAAGAGUACUAUCGUAUGAAGGGCCAGUGGAUGAGCAUCAGCGAGGAGCAAGAAUCGCGCUUUUUGACAUUUGCUAAUCGCAAGUCCCUUGUUGAAAAGGACGUCACCCGGACAGACCGGCAUAUGAAAUACUUCACCGGCGAGGGCAAUGCCAACAUUGCUCGGCUUCACGAUGUCCUGAUGACGUAUUGCAUGUACAACUUUGAUCUCGGGUACGUCCAGGGGAUGUCCGACUUUUGCGCCCCUGUGCUGUUUGUGAUGGAGGACGAAGUGGACGCUUUCUGGUGUUUUGUCCGAUUGAUGGAUAUUGUCCACUCCAACUUUGCCGAGGAUCAGCUCUCCAUCAAGCAGCAGUGCAACCAGCUGCACGAUCUCGUCAUGAUUGUCAACCCAAAGCUGUGCAAUUAUUUGGAGGCCCACCAGUCCGAUGACAUGUAUUUUUGCUUCCGGUGGCUGCUCGUCUGGUUCAAGCGCGAGUUCAGCUUCGAGGACGCGAGCAAGCUGUGGGAGGUGCUUUGGACGAACCAGCCAUGCGCUAACUUCCUUCUUCUGAUCUGUGUGGCCAUUCUUGAUCGCGAGACCGAGGUCAUCAUCGAGAAUGGCUUUGGGCUAACGGAAAUCCUGAAACACGUCAACGACCUUUCAAUGCAUCUGAAGCUAGAUGAAUUACUCUCCGCCGCCGAAGCCAUUUUCCACCAACUCUCCGCCAGCCAGGACAAACUGCCGAAAUAUGUGCUUGAUUAUCUGAAGCUGAACCAGCCUGCCAACGCC